AUGACCGAGGUUACCGACCGGAAUCAACAACGCGCUCAGAUCGCAGCCGGUGGUUGGACUAUUGCCUGGGGAGAUCUUAUCAACGAGUGGGACGCUAUUGAGCUGAUUAUAUCUAUUCCCACCGGCACCGUCGGUGCUUGGGUGUCUGAACAGAUCCAAGCUCAACUGCAAAAAUUUCAACAAAGUCUCAGGGAUGUUUCCGAUGAUGUCGUCAACCAGGCAACAGCCUAUCUGAGAGAGCUAUUACAGAACAAGAGGUCUGGGGAACGGGAUUUUGAUGGACUGGGAGUCAAAGCUGGGAUCGUCACAUAUCACCGCCAUAUGAAGUUGCCAUUGGGCGUCCAGACUUCGCUGCCAAAUAACCAUCAACCGUACAUCGGUUUGCGCGUUACCAAGCCUCUGCCACCGAAAGGGGCCCCUGCGACAGCAGGGCAGGGCUUGUUGGACAGCAAAUCAUGGUACAAAAUCAAAAGUCCAGAGAAACCUGGUAGCGCACUCGACGUGGUCAACAACGGGAAUCAACAACGAGAUGGUACGUUGCAAAUGGCUGCAGAAGGAAACGUUAGUGGCCAGUAUUGGCAGCUUCGUCCAUCCAAAACUACCUCUGGGCAAUACAAUCUUUGCACCAUGUGGCUUGGGACAGGUAUGUCUUUGGACGUUUAUGGGAAUGACAAAACCCGACCGCAUCUGGCUGCAUCUGGUAACUACUCUGGACAACAAUGGCAUGUUGACAAACAAACAAAUGGGACUUGGAAACUCUCGAACUCAUAUUCAGGAACUCUAGCCCUAGCAGCUGAUGCAAGUGGAAGUGAGUUACAUCUACGUGAUCCCCAGUCGUUGCCUACGCCGGGGUGGAAUCUGCAGCUCAUACGGCCAAUUACCGAGGCUGGAUUUGAUAUUUAG